UUCGCUCUCCGACCCGCGAGAGAACACCAUCAUACCUACUUACCUGCGAAUAAUCACGCUGGAGGGUGUGUGUGUUUUUGUGCAGCCCCCUUUGAUUAAAAUAUUAAUUUAUUGUACACAUGGAGAUUGAGUGGAUUCAAAAAGUGCGGGUCGACCGUCUUUCUCUCUGUUGUACGCAGUUUUUAUAUUUUCAUUGUCCUUUUCCUUUUUAUCUGGCAAUCCGUGAUUGUUGAUUAACCACUCGUACGAAUGACAAAAGUACGCGUCCAAGGGAAAAAUAGAGCCUCACAAGUACAAGAGUGCGUGAAAAGUAAUAAUAAUAUAAUUGCCAUGCUAACAAGAUAGACUGCAUGGCACCUUGGAUUCUGGGAACUACGAAAUCACAGCACUGUAUUAUACAUAUAUAGAUGUACUAGCGUCUGUGUAUAUAUAUGUGUGUGAUAUUCACGCGCGCCCCCAAAAAUAGGUCGUCUGCUGCACUGUGUUGUGUUUACAGUUUGUUUCAUUGACAUUUCACGCGCUACAGAGCGUAAAAUAUACUACAAGUGAUAAGAGAAGCGCGUAAUAUUAAACAGUGGCGCGUAUCGAUCGCGCUUUUUUAAAUGAUGCAUCGCACGGCUGUCUCAAUGGCAAUUGCUUGUAGAGGACACCUCGAGUGUUUUAAAAAUUCAUGCUAACAUUAGACUAUACGACGACGACUCAAGUACAAGGUCAAGCAGUGUAGGGGAGGGUGUUGUAUAAAGCCCGUGGCGUUUCGGUGUGAUAAAUAAAUAAAUUGUGGAUAGAUACAUAGAGAGUGUACGAAGGACAAAAUGUUGAGCGAAAAACUGAGGAUAUUCAGGCUGUUGCUCUACAAGAACUACCUCACCAGAAAAAGAUACUGGAAGAUGGGUCUCUUUGUCGAGAUUAUGAUGCCGCUUCUCUUGUUUUUGCUGAUACAGGCUUGCAGAGAUUUUUCAGCCGCACAGCCUGAGAAGUUUGACAGCAAUACCUACCACGAGAUCAAAACGAAAACCGAAUUACUCGGGACUGUCAAUUACAUGACGUUUAUUUACUUUGUGCCUGAGAACAGGUUCACGAGGACGCUCAUGGAGAAGACGAGAAACUGUCUCAAGUUUCCCGAUGACAACCACUUUGUUUUAGAACUUACUGGUUUCAACACGGAGGAAGAAAUGCUGAAAAUGUACGCGUUGUAUCAAACAAGAUCACCGACUACCGACAUUAUGGCCGUAAUAUUUGACCAAGAUCACGUAAACAUUUCCACGAAACACUUGGGAUAUACUAUACGUACCCCAUACGUGAUACCCAACAUUUUGUACAAAAUGGAAAUGCAAGAUCCCUCGAAAAUUACUAUCGAUCAGGCUUUUAUGGAUGUCAUACCGUUUGUCCAAUUGCAACUGUGUCUGGACGAAUCAUUUAUAAAAAUGAAGUCUUCGAAUGCAGCUUUCAAGUCGCAGGUGUCCAUUCAGCAAAUGCCUUACCCACCGCAUGUUAAACUAGAUGACAACGAUCUGAUCACGAGAAUCAUGUAUUGCAGCUUUGCUGUCAUUGCCUUUUUGAUUCCACUGUGCAUUGAGGCGACUUUUGCGGCAGAUGAAAAGUUCAUCGGCAUAAACGUUCUUAUGGCGAUGAACGGAGUACCGACGUAUUUAAGCCUGCUGAGCUGGCUCGUUAGUGGUCUGAUAUUUAGUUUGUCGUACGUUACCGCGUUAAUCGUAUCGUUCAAUUUCGCCUUCACCGACAACGUUCAUCCGUAUCUGUAUUAUGGAAACAGUUUUAUUUUUUGGCUGGUACUUAUUCUACACGUUGGUCAUCUCAUCACCUUUGGCAUGCACAUAUCUGCGUACUUUUCCAAGUCUUUGUUCAUGGUAUGCGGAAUCCUGGCUCUUUAUGGUGGUUCAAGUAUGAUACAAAAAUACAGUAUUAAAGGAGAUUUUUACUCAGUAGUACCUUAUCUAGGAAUUUUUUUUCCUAACGUAUUGUUGUUUAGAGCAUUCCAAGAAGUAAAUAAUUACGAGAGCAUGUUAAAGGGAGUGCAAUGGAAAAAUUUAUUUUCGGUCGGAGAUCCAGUCUACAAAUGCGCGGGAAGUUUAGGAAUGAUUAUGAUUUUCUCGAUUAUUGGGACCAUUUUUCAUUUUGUAAUGGCCAUUUACAUACACGCAGUGAGACCCGGAAAAUAUGGAGUUAAGAAGCAUCCCCUUUACUUUUUAAAUUUUGGAAAAGGAAACAAUAAAGUAGACUUGGAUGCCGAAAUGGAAGAUUAUGAAUUCGAUGACGUUGAUGGAAAACCAUUUGAAUCCGUUCCCAAAAAUGCUUUUACUCCUGGUAUUCAAAUUAGAUGCUUGAAGAAAGAAUACUGCACCCAUCUGUUUAGCAAAUCGAAAGUACAAGCUUUGAGAGGUAUUUCGGUGGAUUUUUACAAAGGUCAAAUUACUGCUUUACUAGGUCAUAACGGAGCUGGUAAAACUACUAUGAUGUCCAUUUUAACAGGUAUGAUAAGUCCUACCACUGGAAAAGUUUUAAUUAACGGAAGGAAUGUAAAAUACGAGGCCAGUGCAAUAAUGAACGAUAUUGGACUAUGUCCUCAAGAAAACAUGCUAUUUCCAAAUCUUUCUGUUUCUGAACAAAUUGAAUUUUUCGGCAUGUUAAAAGGCAAACACAAGAAAUCAGUGAUAAAAAAAGACGUGAAUGCUCUGCUUCAUAAAUUAAAAUUAUUCGAUAAGCGCAAUGCAUUGCCUCAUCAAUUGUCUGGCGGACAAAAAAGACGAGUCUGUCUGGGAAUGGCUGUUAUUAGCGACUCGAGUACUCUGAUUUUGGAUGAGCCGACAUCGGGUAUGGACCCCGAGUCUAGACGAGAUACGUGGGAUAUCAUACUCAAAAUGAGAGGGCAAAAGACCAUUUUGAUUAGUACUCACGAUAUGGAAGAAGCCGAUAUCUUGGGCGACAGAAUUGCAAUUGUACAUAUGGGCCAGCUGAGGAGUUACGGAACCUCCAUGUUCCUCAAAAAAUUAUUAGGCCAAGGAAACAUAGAAGUGACUCUAUCUACCGAAUCUUGGUGCGAUCCAAACAGAGUAAAAAAUGAGUUUUCCACCAAUGGACAGAUACUCAACGUUGAUGGAGGAAAAGUAGUUUUGAGUAUUCCGUACACACCUGAAUUGCCGGACUCCUUGGAUAAAAUGGAGUCAAAGAAAAAGGACUUUGGCAUUACGGGAAUGAGCGUUUCUUUGAUAACUUUAGAACAAGUAUUUUUAAAAGUUACUCGAGAUAACGAGGAUAAUACGGAUUCGUGUCACACACUUCUGAAUGGGGGCUUAAAAUUACAAGGCCACGCCUAUUUUGUACAAAGGGCUUUAGCUUUAUUAAAAAAGAAAUAUGCGUACACCUGUAAAAACAUCAUAACUAUAAGCCUCAUUAUUCUGUUGCCAAUCAUAUGUAUAAUACUGAUGACGAUGGAUUAUAAUAUCUCGGGUGACGUUAAGAAUUUAAUACCAAUGAGACUCGACAUGUACAACGAGCCCGAGACUUACUUCACAAGUGACGAUAGAUCCAUUGGGCAAAAGUACAAGUUGGUUACAGAAGAGUUUGACGGAAAAGCGACGGAAAUUUCUGGUUUUUCAUCCCUCACUGAAGCAAUGUUAGACUUGGGCCGACGCGACAUAGCGACCUACCGCAACCACCUAAUCGCCGCAGCAGAGUUCAACAGCACGGGCAAUGACACGUCAGCCGCGAAUGCUUUUUAUUCGGGCUACGCGAUGUUCAGUAUCCCCAUCUCCAUCAAUCUUCUGUCCAACGCCUUGAUAAAGAGCCUGGCAGGUGACGAGCACUCGAUCAGCAUAUCCGGCCAGCAACUGCCCAAUUCCCUCCAGUCGACGCUCAUACCCGAUGACAACGUCGACGUUUACGCUACUGUGCUGCUAUUUGUGUUCUUCUUUUUCCCUGCGAUAGCGUUGUUUGUCAUUCACCCGCUGCGCGAGGCUCUGACGAACAUUAAACAGCUCCAGAGAAUGACCGGAGUGUCAUGUUUCACCUACUGGGGAACGAUGUUUAUAUUUGAUCUUGCGGUCUUUCUCAUAGUUAUAUUCUUCAUCGUCAUUGGCUUUAUUUGUAUGGAUAAGGUGAUAGAUCUGAGGCUCUAUGAGUUGACUGAGAUCGGCAUUACUGCGCUAAUAUUAGUCUUAUUUGCGAUCAACGCUCUGCCAAUGAUUUACAUAUUUAGCUUCCUCAAGAAGUCCACCAGUACAGUUAUUACCAUGCUCAGUCUUUUGCCGUUUGGUCUUGUUUCGUUGGAACUGAUAAUGCACGUAAUCGCGCUAACGCUGAAACAUCGAAGGAUCGUCAAGAUCUUGCGAGCUAUACAAAAGGGCCUGUUUCUCUUCAUACCCUACUUGAGCUUCUUCCACAGCAAAGUUUCGUUCUUCUCCAUUGCGACUCAGAACGCUCGGUGUCGAAGAUUGCCCAAUUUGCUGCACGACGUUGCGUGUCUCACCAAAGACGUUUGCUGUGGGCUCAAUUGUUACAAUGGAAAGUGCAAAAAGAGCCUGAGCUACUUCAACAAGUUCCAGGAAGACAUGUCGCUGGAAGAAAGCUUGAUUUACAUGUGCUUCACACCUAUUGUCUACUUUGGAAUUCUAGCUGUGUUGGAGUACCAAUUGAUCCCGUUUUUGUUAGCAAAGAUGCGCAAGGGUAAGUAUCAACUUGUGGAAGAUCUCCACGAUGAGCAGGUGAAGAAAGAAAAGCACACGGUCGCUUACGAAAUCAUAAAGGCGAGAAAGAUGACGUUCAAAGACGACGAUAACGGGAUGCUUACGUCCGUAAAGUCUGUCAAACCGACAACGAACGGCACAGUGGUGGCCGAGGAAACCAAUAUCCUGCCAAACGACAGCUCCAACACCUACAUGUUUUACGUUUACGAGUUGAGUAAGCGGUACGGUAACUUGCUCGCCGUCGAGGAAAUUAGUUUUGGCGUGAGGCAACACGAGUGUUUCGGGUUGCUCGGUGUUAACGGAGCCGGCAAGAGUACGACCUUCAAAAUGAUCACAGGCGAGCUUGUUCCCGACAACGGCGUCAUGUACUUGGGCUUCGAGGAUUACAACAAGCACAAGAGAAACUAUCUGUCGCAGAUGGGCUACUGUCCUCAAAACGAUGCCAUAAUCAGAUGCUUGAACACGGACGAGCAUUUGAGACUGUUUGCUCGACUGCGGGGAAUUCCAGAGGAGCAAGUUGAAAACGAAGUAAAAAAAUGGAUCGACAUAUUGAAUUUAAACAUAUGUGCUUCACAACCGAGUGGAACGUACAGUGGAGGCAACAAGAGGCGUCUAAACAUUGCGAUGUCGCUGAUUGGUAAUCCAAACUUGGUUUUACUCGACGAGCCAACUACGGGCGUUGAUCCUGCGGCGAGAAGAUCACUGUGGAACGUGAUUCAGUCGUGUCAGUCUACCGGCCAGGCUAUCAUAUUGACGUCACACAGUAUGGAAGAGUGCGAGGCUCUUUGCAACAGAUUGGCUAUUAUGGUCAACGGACAGUUGGUGUGUAUAGGACCGUGUCAGGAACUGAAGCAGCGUUUCGGAGCCGGGUACGAUAUCCAGAUGAAGCUGAACCCAGAAAAAGCCAUUGAUGAAGUAGAAUCCAUUAAACAUGACAUUGAGCAAUCCUUGAAUUGUGAACUAGUUGACGAAAAUUCGGGAUUCCUGAUGUACCACGUCACAACGUCGGAUGUCUCCUGGCGUAAGAUGUACGACGUGAUGAGCGAACUUAGGUACAAGUACGAGAGCAUCGACGAUUUCUCUGUUCUGUCCUCAUCUCUUGAACAGCUGUUUUUACUCUUUGCUCGUACGGCCAAGCGAAACAAUCGCAAGUCCUUCAAAUAGAUGCCAACGAAACAAUGAACGGGAAUCCGUCAAUUACAAUAUACUAUGGAACCAAAGGUAAAUCGAUAAGGCUGAAAGAGGCCCCAAAUAAGUGUGAUAUUACGAUAAAACGAAUACGCAAGUGAACAAAGACGAUGACUUUGUGCUGUUUGCGUGACACGCGUUGACACGUUUGGCAAGCGACGUGUGUCGACAUGAAGUUUGGUGCGUUGCGAUUGUUGAAAAUUGUAGUAAGUAAACACAAUUGAAGUUUCAGGGGAGAUCUGUGAUAAAAGUCAUUCGAAACAUCAGUAUCAUUGUCAGUACUGUUCCUGUAAACGAUUUUUUUACAGAAAUAUUAAAAAAAAAAAAAAAAAUGUGUUUAUGUAACCACCAACAGCGGCACAAUAUACUUAUUACAAGUGCUCGAUAAUUUUUUUGAAUGUAUUCAAAGUAUUAAGACUUGCUGUAAAAGUUGGUCUAUUUGAAUGAGUUUUAUUACAAACCUUCCUUCUCAGUUGAUUUUAGAGUUGUAUUUAAGACUGCAAAUUUAUUUUCCAUUUCGGAUUCUUACACUACACGUGUCAAAGCCAUUUAUUUCAUAAGUGCAUACAAGCACUCCGAAUUUCAAUCUCCAUUACCAUUAACAAUAUGUUGUAAGAUAAUCACUAAUAAACUGCCACGAAAUAUUUCUUAAUGCACCAUAUUUCGUCAACACUGAGACUCACGAAGGACUUACGUUUGAAACAGUAUUUAUAAAUCUUUAAGAUGUAAGUUCAAUUUUAAACUCGAGCCAAGCUGGAGUAACCUUAUAAGGCUGCAUCUUAUUGGACCUAUUGUCUAAAAUAUUAAAGUAUGUAUCAGUAAGUGGCCAUGGGUGGUAAUUAUUAUCACCAACAGCCACUUGUGUAUUAGUUAAUUUUAUGACUCACUUCAAACACUGAGAUCUGAUUGUUUUGGAAGGAUCUUGUUUUUAUCAUUAAGUAGAAAAUUAAUGUUGCCGUGGAUUUUUUUUUUUUGUUUUUAGAAUUUUUACUGUUUGGUAUAUUUAUCAUGUUUUUGUACGAAAACGAACAUCGCCAAAAAGUUGUUCUAAAAAUUUUUAUUCUUAGAUAGAAAACUCGAUGUCUCGAUUGCAUCCGUUUUUGAUAUCCACUGUAGAUUCCAAAAAAUGAGUACUGUUGAGAAACUUCGUUGCCUGAAAAAAAUGCGAUGAGCUGACGUUGAAACGUAUAUUACGCACGCGAAUCUCAAUGACCUUUGUACUCUUAUUAUAUAGAAUCUGGCCGAACAAAAUAUGUAAUUGAUAUAUCAUGUAAAAAAAUGUAGUUGAAAAAAAAAGUAUUAUCCGCGAUGUAUUUGUAUUGUUUACAAAACAUUGUGUAAAUUAUAAUUUUCGUUAUGUGUAUGCAAAUGAAAAUUCUGAAUUAACCGCAGUAUCUGAGUAUAAAAUGAAUCUAGCAACUCUGUACAUAUUAUUGUAAUGUAGUUUUGCGUCAAUGUAUCGUUCAUCAUCACGUUGAAUAAUCGUAACUUGUAUACGUUUAGUCACUAAUACUUGUAAUUUUCAAGUAUUGCAAACCCAAUGUGUAAUGUACACAACCUGCGUUAA